AUCCAACGGCCGCAGUACUCCAUCUCUCUAUUCUAUUCCCUUCUUCUACUACUAUUCUUCAACCCUAAUUUAAACCAAAACAAUUCAUUCUUUCAAGAAACCAAACGCUGCCUCUGUUCUGGUUCUCACUCUUCACUUUCAAUCCUUCACGCGAAUCAUGAACACUACCUUCUAGAUUCUCACAAAACCUAAGAGAUUGAUAGAUAGAGAUAUACAGUGUUUGAAUAUGGCUACAACAGAGGCAGCUGGUCCUAGAUAUGCACCUGAUGAUCCUACGUUACCGACGCCGUGGAAAGGUUUGAUUGAUGGAAGUACUGGUUUGUUGUAUUAUUGGAAUCCUGAAACUAAUGUUACUCAAUAUGAAAAGCCGGGGCCGGUGAAUCCGCCAGCUCCUGCGGCUUCUACGCCGAGCUUGGCGCCUAUACCUGUUGCUCAUUCGAUGACAGCUGGUGGGGUGGGGCAACAACAGCAUGGGCAACAGAUGAUGCAAGUGCAGCAGCUUUCACAACAACAGCAGGGCGGUCAUUAUGGUCAAGGGAUGCCGCAGCAGCAAAGUCCUCAUAUGGUGCAGGCGGCUCAGCAGCAGUCUUCUCAGACUGCUCAGCCUGUGCAGCCACAACCGGCGCAACAACCUGGGUUACACCAAAGUAGACCACAGAUGAUGCAGCCUCAAGGGCAGCCGAUGAUGCAGUAUCAAGGACAGCAGCAAUAUCAGCAAAUGCAUCAUCAGAUGCCUCCACAGGCGAUUCCUCGUCCACAACAAUUUGGACAGGGGAAUUCUCAGGAUCACGGUUCGCAGCUUGUGCAACCGCAAGCGCCGCAAUUUACUCCUCAGAAUAUGCAUUAUAUGGGAUAUCAACAAAACAUGAUUUCGCCUAGGCAACCUAACUCACAGCAGAUUCAGCCGAACAUGCACCCAUCUGGGCAACCGAACCCCCAGCAGAAUCAGCAUAAUAUACAUAACCAGCCCUUUGAAAAUCAACAUGAUUUUAAACCUGCAAUGCCGAAGAUGGAGGAAGCAGAGUUUAAAAAUGGAAGCCAAGUUGGUUUCUCACCGUCACAGUAUCCACAAAGGAGUGGCUUGCCUGUUCAAAACAACCAAAACAUUCCUGCUGAAGUUAGUUCCGGUCAGGUGCCUAAUGCAGGUGUUAAUGCUGGCCAGCCACAACAAUUCAGGGGCUUUUCAGGCGGCAUGCAACAGUCUACCCCGACAAUGCAGUCACAGCAGGGUGGUUCUGAUUUAUUUUACCAACAUGGUCCUAACUUUCAGAACCAGAUGAGUCCAGGAAUGAUGCAUGGUCAUACAUCCAAUGCGCAUCCUGUUGCACAAAAGAUGGGACACGAGGACAAUUUACAUGGUAGAGGUGGAAAUGACUAUUAUUAUAAUUCUAAUAAAGAGAUGCCACCAAUGGGUCGUCAGCAGCCAGAUAUGACCCAAAUGCCGAUUCCCAGAAAUCCGCAGGAUAUGAGGAUUGGCAAUUCCCCUUUUCAAAAUAAUGUCCCCAGUGGAAAUGGAAGUGGUAUUACUGGGAAUGCUAUGAGCAACAUGUUCACUCCUCCGAUAGGAGGACCUUCUGCUCUUUCAAGUAACUCUUUUACGAGGCCUCCGUAUGGUGGAUCUUCAGAUGUUACUGAUCUCUCAGCAGCUGAAUUAUACUGUCAGCAACAUGAAGUUACAGCAUCGGGUGACAACAUUCCACCCCCAUUCAUGACAUUUGAUUCUACCGGGUUCCCUCCAGAGAUAUUGCAAGAGGUUUGUUCAGCGGGCUUCUCAAAUCCAACACCAAUACAGGCUCAAACAUGGCCUAUUGCCCUACAAGGUAGAGACAUAGUGGCAAUUGCCAAAACAGGCUCUGGAAAAACACUAGGCUACUUAAUGCCGGCCUUCAUUCUUCUUAGGCAGCGACGCAAUAAUUCUCUGAAUGGACCCACCGUUUUGGUUUUGGCUCCAACACGUGAACUUGCAACACAGAUCCAAGAGGAGGUCUUCAAAUUUGCACGGUCUUCAAGAGUAUCUUGCACGUGCUUGUAUGGUGGAGCGCCUAAAGCCCUUCAGCUAAAAGAGUUAGAUCGGGGGGCAGACAUUGUUGUUGCCACACCUGGCAGGCUCAAUGAUAUACUUGAAAUGAAAAAAAUUGACUUUGGGCAAGUUUCACUCCUUGUGCUUGAUGAGGCUGACCGGAUGCUUGAUAUGGGUUUUGAGCCUCAAAUCCGUAAGAUUGUGAAUGAGAUUCCACCACGUAGACAAACUCUCAUGUAUACUGCAACCUGGCCAAAAGAAGUUAGAAAAAUUGCAGGCGAUCUUCUUGUAAAUCCUGUUCAAGUUAACAUUGGAAAUGUAGAUGAGCUUGCUGCAAAUAAAUCUAUCACACAGUAUGUUGAAGUUGUCCCACAAAUGGAGAAACAAAGGCGUCUAGAGCAGAUCCUCAGAUCCCAGGAACGGGGUUCUAAGAUCAUAAUAUUUUGUUCCACAAAGAAGUUAUGUGAUCAGCUUGCCCGUAGUAUUGGCCGAACUUUUGGGGCUGCUGCAAUUCACGGUGAUAAGUCUCAAGGUGAGAGAGACUGGGUUUUAGGUCAAUUCCGGACUGGGAAGUCUCCAAUUUUGGUUGCCACCGAUGUUGCUGCUCGUGGUCUUGAUAUUAAAGACAUAAGGGUGGUGAUCAACUAUGAUUUCCCCAAUGGUGUUGAGGACUAUGUACACCGAAUUGGAAGAACUGGAAGGGCAGGUGCUACUGGAGUGGCAUAUACCUUUUUCUCUGAGCAGGAUUGGAAACAUGCAGGUGAUUUAAUCAAAGUUUUGGAGGGUGCUAACCAGCACGUGCUUCCAGAGUUAAGGCAAAUUGCUUCACGUGGGCCACCAAGCUUUGGAAAGGAUAGGGGCGGGAUGAAUCGCUUUGACUCUGGUGGUGGCGGCGGUGGCGGUGGGCGCUGGGAAACUGGUGGUCGUGGCGGCAUGAGGGACAGUGGUUUUGGUGGUCGUGGCGGCAUGAGGGACGGUGGUGGUAUGAGGGAUGGUGGGGGUUUUGGUGGACGUGGUGGCAUGAGGGAUGGUGGUGGCUUUGGUGGUCGUGGAGGCAUGAGGGAUGGUGGCUUUGGUGGUCGCGGUGGAAUGAGGGAUGGAGUUGGUGGAAGUGGAGGGAGGGGUGAUUUCUUUCCUGGUAGGGGCAACAGAGGUAGAGGAUUUGAUGCUCCGCGUGGGGGCAAUGUUGGUUGGGGUAGGGGUGACCGCGGUGGUCCAGGUGAUAGGUAUAAUAUGGAUGGUCGUGGACAAGGGCGUGGACGUGGAAGAUUUGACAACAGAAGAGAUGUUCAGAGAAGUAGAGACAGAAGUUACAGUCGUAGCCCUGAUAGAGUUCGAACAUGGGAUAUCAACAGAAGCAGCAGCAGAAGUAGAAGUAGAAGUAGGAGUAGGAGCUGGAGCAGGGGUCGCAGUAGAAGUCGCAGCUGGUCUCGUGGUCGCAGCUAUAGCCGUAGUCGUAGUCCACGCAGUCGUAGCCGUGGUCGCAGUUAUAGCCGAAGCCGCAGCCCCAAGAAAACUAGGCGUGUUAAGUCGAAAUUUUCUGAUACAAAUGAUGUUGUGCCACCUGAAGCAGGAGCUUCCGAUCCUAAAAUGUUCCCUAUACCUGCCAACACCCAAGGGAAUUCUGUUACGGGAACAGAACAUGUGGAACAGCUACCUGUUGUUGGGGGCACAGGCUCAACUAACCCAGAGGCUGUAGUGGAUGUUAGUCAUCAACCAGCUUCUGAUAUUUGAAGCAGCUGUUCUAAUCAAUUUUUGAAAAUGCACUUUGACAGUGGUGGCUAUAUUAACCUCUCACAUUUUGUUCCCGAUUGGCCUUACACUGAUCAACUGAUAGCAAAAGAUUGAUUCGAAGUUGCAGAGCGUAAAAAGUUUGAUCGAACAGUCUAAUAUGAUAUACUGCAGCAUUGCUGAAUGUGUUUAGUGAGAGUUGUUUUAAUUUAUAUUUUUUGUGGGUUGGGGGUAACGGCGUAGUAUUCCCAUUAAUUUGUGAAUUGGAAGGCAUUGGUUUGGCUGUAUUUUAUUAGUUAUGUGGAGUUCGAAAAAACAGAUGUAAUAGAUUCUAUUAUCAUUUAUUUAUUGUAAUACACUAGAACUCAAGCCACCUUGACUUAGAUGGUACUUUUUGUUCUACUUUCUCA